GAACUUAGCAAAACUGCGGUUAGGGAUUCAGAAAAGCCCCCAGCUUACCAUUCGGCGAACUACAUAGGUAAAGAUUUUCACUCUUUUUGUUCUUUCAUCUAUUUCUUUUUUGGCAGGGCGGGGAGAAACCAACAAAAGAAGGGCACAUGGCCAAGGUCGGACGAUCACCGACGAUCUUGGGCAGCAUUGGCGUGUUUCAUGUUUUUUUAUUUUUUUUUUAUUUUCUAG